GCAGAGUGUUAUCAGUCGUAGAAAAAGAAGGCUAAGGAAGUACAGUAAUGCUGGAGCAAACACUACUGUCCUAUGUUCAACUUGCACUGUCCUGGACUGUCACUAUUGUUACAUAUAAUAUAUGUGAGCUAGAUCUUAGUCCUAUUUGACAAUGCCAUGGGUAACUGCUGGGCCUUCUGUGUGGGCUUCUUCAGGAAAGAAGCUAACAGGAUCCAAAGAGGAGGAGGGUCCAAAUACUUCCGCAGCAGCACGACAGGGGAGCAUUUUACUAUAGAGUUUGAAAAUCUUGUAGAAAGUGAUGAGGAGGAGAGUCAACAGCCCUGUCCAAAGCCCAUAAGUGAGGAUGAAAUUCAGCACCUCCGUGAGCAUCGGUACACUGCCAUUUCAAAUCAGCAGGUACUGAUAGACCUGCAGCUACAAGCCCAGUUAGAGGCACAAGAGGAGAGGUUGAGGCUAGAAGAGGAGGCUAGAAAUGCUGCCCAGCGCGAGGCUGCCAGAUUGGCACGUGAGCGAAAACAGAAGGAGCUGGCCACCCAGAGGACAAGGGGGAAAGCAGAUGGUUGCGGCAGCGAACCUCAGCAGAGAAAACACGCUGCUGGUGGUUUGGAUCCCUUCCUGCAGAAUGUAAAGGUCCAGUCAGAGGCCUUCAGAAGCAACAGACUUCCUUCCGACACAAACGUAGUGACUCCUAACACAGAGAGCAGCUGGGAUUUCACCACCAAGACCCGAUCUACCAAUGAUGACGGCACCUCACUGGAUCUAGAGUGGGAAGAUGAAGAGGGAAUUAACCGAGCCCUUCCAGCCUGGGAGAGGUCUCGGACAGAAGAGGACAUACUGCGUGCAGCCUUGAGGCCCGGCGAGAAGCACGCACAAAGUGGCCCAACCUCCAACUCUGAGGACUCCAACGCACUGGAGUGGGAGAAUGAUUUUGUGAGUACUCACCCAGAGGACUGCGCAGACUCUGAAUUUGAGGGUUUUGUCAACCCAGUGUUAGACACUCCCUCUGAGGACGCUUCGGACUACAGUCUCAGGAUGGACGGCCAGGACAGAUAGUCUCUAGCACUAAAUCCGACCAUUACAACAUUCUCACGUCAGUGCUCACCAGCUUUUUUUCUCCUCUCAUGAAUUAAAUGUACUUCAUAUUGGAUCGUAUGAUGGAAGGGAUGCUGCAGUUGGGCCCUCCAAAACAGAAGCAGACUUUUUCAGUGCCUUCAUCACUGACCAUCCUAUAAAUUGUAGCUGAUCAUUCGCCAUCCUUUGGUCUUACUUUCAUUGCACAUUGCCCAUGUCAUCCAAUAUACAACUGCCAAACUCUUCCAAAAGUCUCAAGAUAUAAGAAUCCUUACAUCUCAAGAGUCACUGUUGUUUCUAUAUUUUAUUAUAUCACGCAGGAUGUUACCGUCAGUUGAGUGAAACAAGUUACAUUACACUGAGGUAGCAAAUGAACAGAAUGAACACAAUUAUUCAUUUUCAAUGUGAUACAAGUCAAAUUUGUCAUCAUCUUGGAACAUCAUAAUAAUAAUAGUAGGAGGGAGCACAAAAAGCACCUUUGAGUUUCAUUCACCUCUUAUUGCAUGACAUUGACACUGCACAUACACAACAUGUGUUCAUUGUCACAUUUCAAGUUUGGUCUCGAUGAGUCUGUGUCAAGUUUGGAUGAUAAUUUCUUCUGCAAAUAAAAAGCUCAUUACAGCA